GGUAGGAGUGAAGGAGCGAGUUGUUAAUGUGGUUAUGAUUUAGCAGCAAUCUGGGAGUGCGGGCUUCGUUAAGAAAAGUGGGACUGUUCGUAAACCAGAAUAAAAUCAUCUGACUUUAGCAAGGUGAAAAGAAACUGAAAAAAGGACCUUUUAUUCUGGUCCAUCAAUGAGGAAUAUUAAGGAGUGGGGAUUCUGUUUAAACAUCUGGAAGAUCCGCAAGUGCACCAUCCCCUUGAAAUCCAGUGCAGCAAGGACUGGCUUUAAAGGCAAAUUGCAUCUGAGCAGUUCAGAGGCCGUUCAGCAAUCUUUACUGCCGCCACAAAAUAUGGAAAAAUCAGAUGACAGAAGAGAAGUUGUGUUACUGGCCACUGGCUCUUUUAACCCGAUCACAGUUAUGCAUCUCAGGCUGUUUGAACUUGCAAGAGACUAUCUGCAUGAAACAGGUAAAUACAAAGUAAUAAAAGGCAUAAUUUCUCCUGUUGGUGAUGGGUACAAGAAGAAAGGCUUAAUCGAGGCGUCUCAUCGUCUAGCUAUGGCAAACCUAGCAACGAAGAACUCCAACUGGAUUGAGGUGGAUUCAUGGGAAUGCUCCCAGAAAGAAUGGAUGGAAACUGUAUUAGUGCUCAGGCAUCACCAGCAAAAACUUGCAAAUGCUAAUACUUCAGACUCAUCAGAGAAAGUUGUACACAAGAAGGGGCACAAGCGGAAAAGAGAAAACAGCUACCAAGAUAAGACUGACCGUUGUCUCCAAGAAAGCAAAGUUAUGCCUCAGGUGAAGCUGCUCUGUGGGGCAGAUAUGCUGGAGUCACUUGGCAAACCCAACCUUUGGAAAAAUGAAGAUGUGAUUGAAAUUCUGUCUUCUUUUGGGAUUGUUUGUAUCACCAGGCUUGGAAGCAAUGCUAGUAAUUUCAUUUAUGAGUCUGAUAUUCUCUGGAAGUAUAAGCAUAUGAUUCAUCUAGUGGAAGAAUGGAUAACCAAUGACAUUUCCUCUACAAAGAUUCGCAGGGCUUUGAGACGGGGAAUGAGUAUCCGCUACCUAGUGCCUGAUAGUGUGGUGGAGUAUAUUGAAAAUCAUGAAUUGUAUAAUGAGAGAAGUGAAGAAAGGAAUUCUGGUAUAAUCCUAGAACCUCUUGCAAGAAAUUCCAAGAAUUCUUAGCUUUGAUAGUUUCUUUAUUAUGUUAGAAGUUUUUUAUUCUUAAGCUAUUUUUCACAAGUGAAAAAUUGGUUCUUACAGCUCAGCCUCAGAACUGGGCUCUAACACCUCUUUGAACCAUACAAAUUUCAAGCAGUCGUUUUUCUUCCUGUAGUUGAAUAAAUUGCUCCAGUGUGGAAGGUUAACUGGUUAAAGCUUAGUAUUUUUUGAAAGAGUAUUAACCAUAAUUACGGGUAAAUAAAAAAAAAUAUCAUGGCAUGGCUGGUCAUACAUGUACAGUAUCACCUGCUACCCAUGCUGUGGGCUAAGUCAGGCUGAUCCAGAUAUUUUUUUAAAUGCUUUAUUUUUGCAUUUUCAAUAUUGAACUAGGGUACCAAGGGCCCACCAGAGAACCUGAUAUCAAGGGCCCACCAAUCUGAGCCCUUAAAUGUUUGCUUACUUUUAA